GAGCAAAUAGUGAUUUACAUGUGUUUUCAAUUCAUAUGUUUUAAUUGAUUCACACUUUAAAACGUUUUACAUUGGAUUCAAACCUAUUAUAUGCCAUAAGAGAUGAGUUCAAAGACAUCGGACAUGACUUCAAAGACAUCGGAUAUGACUUCCGUUCGGCCGAAGAUCAGAAGCAAACACUCAGAGAAACUGAGUGGAGAACCGCUCGAGAGAAGAACCAUCCGGUUUGAGGACAAGGAUGGCAUUGAGCGCUACUACCCGGCACUGCACAUCAAGUUCUCGCAUACAAUGGUUUUCGUGAAAUACAUUCCGCCGCCGAUGAACACUAUGGCAGACCUGCACCUCAAUGGACACGACUUGACAUCCAAUGUCCACAUCCAGAGGUGGAUGUCUGUUGUCAACAGUUUCCAAGAGAUGAUUAAGGCUUUGUUGAGAUUACAACACAAUCAGUUUUGGUCGACUUUAGUCCACGAACGCAGUCUUCAG